AUGACUGGGUGUAAACCAACUGACACACCUGUGGAGUAUAAUACAAAAUUUGAUGUUACAAACAACAAAGUUCCUGUUAACAAGGAAAUGUAUCAGAGGUUGGUUGGGAAGUUGAUCUACCUGUCCCAUACAAGACCAGAUAUUUCGUAUGCAGUGAGUGUGGUAAGCCAAUUUAUGCAAGCUCCCUAUGAGGAGCAUAUGACUGCGGCUGAACGUAUUCUUCGGUACUUAAAGAGGACUUCUGGUAAGGGCCUAAUGUUCAGAAAGUCCGAAAAAAGGGCUAUCGAAGCAUAUACCGAUUCUGAUUGGGCAGUCAUUAUUGAUGAUUUACAAAGUUCUGAUCACCAAAGUGGAAAAGAUCAAGAUCAAGAUAAUUUUUCACAUGGUGCACCUUAUGGCAUUGACAUUUAUCCUCCAACUCCUCCCUGUAGUAAUACCUGUGAAAGUGGUAACUCUGGCUCAAAAGAAACUGAAAGUGAGAUGAUUCCGAUAUCUAGUUGUGUUCAAAAGAAUCAUCCUCUAAGUAACAUAAUAGGUGACCUAAAUGCAGAUGUCUCUACACGCAAAAAGGAGAAAGUGGACUAUCAAAACUAA